GUAUUGAAAGUUGAAAGGAGAGCGGUUAAGUCAAUACGGGGACUGAGUUCCGUGGACGGUUGCCGGUGACAAUACUGUGAUGGAGGACGCGGCCGCCACUGAGGUUGGUGCUUCCGCCGCCGAAGAAGGAGGAGGAGGAGGAGGAGGAGUAAAUGAAUGCGAUGCCGUCGCUUCCGUCGCCGACUGCGGCAGCGGGGACGAGGCUGUGCCGAUGGUUGGCGAGGGGGAAACGACUGGUGGCCGUGGCGGCAAAGAUAGAGUGAAGGGACCUUGGUCUCCUGAAGAGGAUGCGAUACUCAGCCGCCUUGUGGGCAAGUUCGGUGCGAGAAAUUGGAGCUUGAUUGCUCGGGGAAUCGCUGGGCGAUCGGGGAAGUCUUGUCGCCUUAGGUGGUGUAAUCAGCUCGACCCUUCCGUGAAACGCAAGCCAUUUACUGAUGAGGAGGACAGGAUCAUUGUAGCAGCCCAUGCUGUUCAUGGAAAUAAAUGGGCAGCAAUUGCUAGACUUUUGCGUGGGAGAACAGAUAAUGCUAUAAAGAACCACUGGAAUUCCACUUUACGACGUCGAUGCACAGAGCUUGAAAGAAUCAAGUUAGAAUCAGGGAAUGUAGUGGAUGAUGCUAGUUUAGAAAAAACCAAGGGAUCAUCUGAAGAAACCCUUUCAUGUGGGGAUGUAAAUUCCUUUAAAUCCUUUGAAGGAAAAGACGCCAGCUCACGGGAGCAUAUGGACGAUCAAUUUGAAGACAAAGUCCCUAUUGCUAGUGAGGGUCAAUUUACUCAUGAAGUCAAAGAACAGUCUACUAUUUACAGGCCAGUGGCUCGAGUAAGUGCUUUUAGUGUAUAUAACCCUUUGGAUGACCAAGCGUCUUUGAGGGCAUUUAUACGACCUGUCCCAAUGCAGGGGCCAUUGAUUCAAGCAUCAAAACCAGAAGUUGAAGCUAGCAAAUUGCUUGAAGGUGUAUAUGGUGAUCGAUCAGUGCCUCAUCAAUGUGGUCAUGGUUGUUGCCAGAGUCAUAACCAGGGAUCUCCUCUAGACUCUUUAUUAGGCCCAGAAUUUGUGGACUUCUCAGAGCCUCCACUAUCCUUUCCCAGUUUUGAACUAGCUGCAAUUGCAACUGACAUAAGUAACCUUGCUUGGCUGAAAAGUGGAUUGGAGAAUGGCAGUGUUAGAGCAAUGGGAGAUUCGGCUGGAAGAUUAAAUGGUUCUCAGAUGCAAAUGGGGCGUUUAUGAGAGACAUUCAGUUUGAAGUGGCUAAUAGUAGACUAGCCUCCAGCUGAUAUGAUCGACUUUAACAAGGAUUGUUUAUGCUAUCCCUUCAUACUACAAGAAUUGACCUGAAUUAUAUAUUUAUGCACUGAUGGGAGGCGUUUUCUUAAGCCCACUGGAGAAGCUUUUGGGGUUUACUGGAUGUGUACUUUGCUUUGUGAUUAGUUAGUUUUACCCUUUCCCACCUGUACAGCUCGUCUCUACUGCCAGGAAUCGUGGAUAAGAGGGAAGUAAAGCAACUCUCAUGUCUAAGUUUCCUAAGUCCUUUUUUUUCUUUUUGCUUUUUGUCUAUGACCACAAGCACGAGUUUGAAAACAUUGCGAACAUGAAUGAAACUUUUUGGUGUUAAGAGGGCCCAA